AGAGAGAGAAAUGUUAAAAGUGACAGUUAAACUGAUGAAGAUUUAUGCUUUCUUGGAAUACAAAGUGAUUAAGCUUAGUUGAAUAAGAUCCACACAACUCACAUGACACGAGAUAUAAAUAGUUAAAGGAACCUAGUUAUUUACGUAAAUAAAAUAGAAUAAGCUGUAGGUGCUAGCAGUGCAUCUUCCUCUAUCUAAUCUAUGGUAAACUUAGACAUGCUUCUUCCGCCUAAACAGUACUCUGCAUGUUGAAGUAUUUGUUUUUAGAUCUGAGGCAAAUUCUACAUCAUUAUGCUGUUUACUCAACUGGUAAUAUCAUGGGAUCGAUGUAAAAGUUCAUCUUUAAUGGAAAACCAAAGCUUAAAGACAUACUAUACUGUGCACAUAGGCACCAAACAUCUUGAAUUUCACUUUCCUCUAAUCCCCUAAUGAACAAUUCUAUAAGGCAGUUACACUGUGUAUGGCACCAUCAUAUUCUAAUAGUUUGUAUUUAAGUGAGCAGGUUCAAGCAGCCGUUUAUAGGGGGGGGGGUGACCAUAAGGAGGAAGCAACCAGUUUUGUGGUUGUGCUGACAUGUCUGUGCAAUCACCUCCUGUUUCUGACAGAGCACAUUUGCACAAACACAAACACACACGCACACACACAAUAUGCAAAACUCGACAGUGGUUACUGACAUCAGACACAGUAUAUUUUUAUAACCUUAACUUCCACUGAAAAUUGGCACAAAUUCGCACACACACACACCUACACACCACACACACAGAAGCAAAUGCGCACAUGCCUCUGAGCAGAAACGGAGAGUCACACACAUUGUUUUCUCAGACAUAGAGCUUUCCCCAUGCUCGCUGUCACAUUGUGAAAACAAUACUUUUGUUUGAUGGAGAUAAUGUGGUGUAAAAUAGAGGACAUAUACAUCAGUUAAUGCCUUCAUUUCACACACGAGAGCACUCUGCAGCAAAUUCUUCUUGGAAUCAAAAGAUGGAAAACCAUAGCCUGGUCUCCACGAAAAACUCAGAGCCACUGCCAGACAACAAAACUACGGAGUACUACCCAGCCCUACUGGCCAUCUACUCUGUGGUUCUGGUCACGGGCACCAUCAGCCUGAGCCUGAUGGUGCACAUCAUGAAGUCCAGCACGACAUCGAUCACUUCCAUCGCUGUACUUAACCUCAUCUUCUCCCACUUCAUCUUCCUUCUCACCGUGCCCUUCAGGAUUUACUAUUACGCGACUCAAGAUUGGAACCUGAGUCAAGGGUGGUGUAAAAUGGUCAGCAGCAUGAUCCACAUCCACAUGUACAUGUCUUUUAUCUUCUAUGUGAUCAUCCUAAUCACACGCCUGAUGACAUUCUACCACAAAACUGAGCAGGUGUCCCCCUUCCGCAGUAUUCAUGCACUCCUUGUCAGUGCUGUAGUGUGGAUUGUGGUGCUCGUCGUGGUCCCUUGUGUAAUCUACUAUUCCUACGGCAAAAUCACAAAUAACAACAACACCAAUUCAACAGAGUGCUUCAAUUUUGGCAAUGACAUAGAAUCUGCUACCAAGGUGCUCAACUACAUCAUAAGCACAGUGAUCAUAGUGGUGGCCUCUGUGCUGACAGCCCUCCAAGCCAAUGUCCUAAGGGUUUUAUACAGCAAGCAUCGCCAAGGAUGCACCUCUCAGCAGGACUUUGGGGCUCAGCUGAAGAGUCUGUGCUUUGCCCUCAUCAUGGUGGUCUGCUUCAUCCCCUACCACAUGUUCCGGCUGUAUUACUUAGAACACAUUAAUGAACUGCAGGAUGCCAAUGAGCUGUUUCUGAGUCUGACCACUUUUAACUGUCUGGACAUGCUCACCUUCUUGGGGAGGAGAACCUGCUACCUGCAAAUAAAAAACUGUUGCUAGGAUGUGUGUGAGAGGGGUCAAGAGACUUUGUCAGCUUCAUUUUGAAACUUAAUUUUACUUAACUGUUCUUUCUUGCCUUGGAUUUGGAGUUUCUAAUAAGAAUAUUGCUUAUGUGCAUCUCCCUAAAAGCCGACAAUAGGAUAUAACAUCUAUUCAAAAGCUCAUAAAAACAAGCAUUAAGGUAGAUUAAGGGAAACUUUAAAAUGCACCAUCUCCACUAACUUAACUUGAAAAGAAUGGUGGGGUGGGUGAGUCCAAAGCUCCCAGGUUCUGUCAGAUAUACCAGGCUUUGUUUUAUUAAUCCUACUACUGUUGUGUCACCUGCAUUUUUUGUGACUCAUUAAGAUGUUGUUCUUUUUAAAAAUGUAUUGCUUUUUACUGUUGUUUGAUAGAUUUUUUUUUGAUUGAAAGUGCAGAGAGACAGAGAGAGAAGCAAAAUAUUGAGGGGGGUGGGGUGGGGUGGGGGGGCAAUAGAACAAAGGUCCACAGUCAGAUGGUUAUGUGAUAUGUGUCUUAAGCAGGAGGCAGGGGCACCUCUUAAAUUUGACAUGGCUGGAAACUGACCUUUGCUUUUGAUUCAAAAAUGAAUGAACUCUUGCCAUCAUCUGGUCUUUGUAUCUACUACACAGGCUUCAAGCUCAAAAUGCAUAAUGCGAAAUUAUGCCAUUUUUAGGUUCCCUCUUUUUUCCAUCCAAAAUGUGACUAAAUGCGAAAGACAUGAGUAGAAAUGAAAAAAUAAAUACAUUUCACUGUAUUUGCUAACACUUAACCCCAGUGUACUGUGCAUAGAUGGAGUGUCCAGCUCCACAGCUGAGAUGAGAAAUAAAUUGUUACUUUUUCACCAUUA